AUGUCACGACCAACCACAUCCCUUAUUUCUCGCUCAGCCCGACAUGGGAUCACCUCCCGCUCCUUGUUCACCUCAGUACCCAGGUACUACUCCAACGAACCUGAAUUACCCCCUCAACCGAAAUCAGCUGAAGCUCUUGGAUUCAGAACUCAACCCGGGAGACAACGUCAAUUACCUACGGAUCUCAAGAUCAACAUAUCUCCUUCGGUCAGGAAAGAUCUGUUCAAAGAAACUUCAGGAGUGAGAAUUGAAAGGCAACAGGCGAAGAAAGGUCGCAACGAAACCAAAUCCAGAAUCACUUUGAACCCUCGAGCGUCCAACGAAAACAAAGAUACACUUGAUAUCAACAAUAUCCAAGAAGAAUCGAACUUCUUCGAGAAUUCAGAUCUUACUUCUUCCGGUCCAUCCACUUCUACUUCUACCUCUCGAAAAGGAUCUUUGAAAGAUGUAUCGUUGGAUGUGAUCAGCGAAUCACCUUCCAGAUCGUCUUUACCUCCUGAUGUGAUCAGAAGACAAAGAAAGGAGAAUAACCGGACAAACAAUAGACAAGGACAAGGACAAGGGCAGAACCAGAGAAAUGCCAGAGCAGGUAAUAGACGGGGAGCAUCAAGAGAUACACCCAAAUUAAAUGCGAGAGAGAAAAGGGUGAUGCUACCUAAACGACAACUAACGUUCGAAGUUGCCGAUCAUUCCAAGAACGGUUUGUUCGGUAAGAACCCCUUGUUGUUGCAAUCCAGCAAGAGUAGUGUAAUCAUUGGCUUGGGUCAUCCUCGUAAAACAUCAUCAACGCACCAAUCCCUAUCCACACCUCAAUUCCCUUCAUCUCCUAUCCCGAUUCUAUCCCCUCUACCAUCCAAGUCAUCCGAACAAGCUAUUCAAAUCGCUUCUUGGACAGCAGCGUUGAACGGCUCUAUAGCGCCCAGAGUCAAGGGCAGGCUGGAAGAGAUUGUUCGAGCUCAGUUAGGUAGAUGA